GAGGAAGAGGCUGAGGAGGCGCCGGGGGGCGGGGGAGGCUCGGGAGCGGGCGGUGACGGCGGCGGCGGCGCGGAGGAGCCAGCGGCUGGGCCCGGGCCCGGUGCGUCUGUCCGCGCCCCGUGGAUGCGAAUCGGCCGCGGCGGACGCGGCGGCGGCGGCGGAGGAGCUGGUGGGCCGGCGCCGGGCCGGUGGGCGCGCGCAGGAUGAGGCCGCUGCCGGGCGCUCCCGGCGUGGCGGCGGCCGCCGCGCUGUUGCUGCUGCUGCUGCCCCGGGCCCGGGCGGACGAGCACGAGCACACGUAUCAAGAUAAAGAAGAAGUUGUCUUAUGGAUGAAUACUGUUGGGCCCUAUCAUAAUCGCCAAGAGACAUAUAAAUACUUUUCACUUCCAUUCUGUGUGGGGUCAAAAAAAAGUAUCAGUCAUUACCAUGAAACUCUGGGAGAAGCACUUCAAGGAGUUGAAUUGGAGUUUAGUGGCCUAGAUAUUAAAUUCAAAGAUGAUGUGAUGCCAGCUACUUACUGUGAAGUUGACUUAGAUAAAGAAAAGAGAGAUGCAUUUGUAUAUGCUAUAAAAAAUCACUACUGGUACCAGAUGUACAUAGAUGACUUACCAAUAUGGGGUAUUGUUGGUGAAGCAGAUGAAAAUGGAGAAGAUUACUAUCUGUGGACCUACAAAAAACUUGAAAUAGGUUUUAAUGGAAAUCGAAUUGUUGAUGUUAAUCUAACUAGUGAAGGGAAGGUGAAACUGGUUCCCAAUACUAAAAUCCAAAUGUCAUAUUCAGUAAAAUGGAAAAGGUCAGAUGUAAAAUUUGAAGAUCGAUUUGACAAAUAUCUUGAUCCAUCCUUUUUUCAACACAGGAUUCAUUGGUUUUCAAUCUUCAACUCCUUCAUGAUGGUGAUAUUCUUGGUGGGCUUAGUUUCAAUGAUUUUAAUGAGAACUUUAAGGAAGGAUUAUGCACGAUACAGUAAAGAAGAAGAAAUGGAUGACAUGGAUAGAGACCUAGGAGAUGAGUAUGGAUGGAAGCAGGUGCAUGGAGAUGUAUUCAGACCGUCAAGUCACCCACUGAUAUUUUCCUCUCUCAUUGGUUCUGGAUGUCAGAUAUUUGCUGUGUCUCUCAUUGUUAUUAUUGUUGCAAUGAUAGAAGACUUGUAUACAGAGAGGGGAUCAAUGCUCAGUACAGCAAUAUUUGUCUAUGCUGCUACAUCUCCAGUGAAUGGUUAUUUUGGAGGAAGUCUGUAUGCUAGACAAGGAGGAAGGAGAUGGAUAAAACAGAUGUUUAUUGGGGCAUUUCUUAUCCCAGCUAUGGUGUGUGGUACAGCAUUCUUCAUCAACUUUAUAGCCAUCUAUUACCAUGCUUCUAGAGCCAUUCCUUUCGGAACAAUGGUGGCCGUUUGUUGCAUCUGUUUUUUUGUUAUUCUUCCUCUAAAUCUUGUUGGUACAAUACUUGGCCGAAAUUUGUCAGGUCAGCCCAACUUUCCUUGUCGUGUCAAUGCAGUGCCUCGUCCCAUACCAGAGAAAAAAUGGUUCAUGGAGCCUGCAGUUAUUGUUUGCCUGGGAGGAAUUUUACCCUUCGGCUCAAUCUUUAUUGAAAUGUAUUUCAUCUUCACGUCUUUUUGGGCAUAUAAGAUCUAUUAUGUCUAUGGCUUCAUGAUGCUGGUGCUGGUCAUCCUGUGCAUAGUGACCGUCUGUGUGACCAUUGUGUGCACAUACUUUCUACUAAAUGCAGAGGAUUAUAGAUGGCAAUGGACAAGUUUUCUCUCUGCUGCAUCAACUGCAAUCUAUGUUUACAUGUAUUCCUUUUACUACUAUUUUUUCAAAACAAAGAUGUAUGGCUUAUUUCAAACAUCAUUUUACUUUGGAUACAUGGCAGUAUUUAGCACAGCCUUGGGGAUAAUGUGUGGAGCAAUUGGUUACAUGGGAACAAGUGCCUUUGUCCGAAAAAUCUAUACUAAUGUGAAAAUUGACUAGAGACCCAAGAAAAUCUGGAACUUCGGAUCAAAAUAGGGGUGGAACUUGCACAGCAUAAAAAGAGCAAGAAGAGAUUUGGGCUUUAACACUGGGUAUUCUGUGGGUCUCUCUUUCGUGGAUGACUUAAAGUAACAUCUAUUUCCAUUGAUCCUAGGUUCUUAGUGACUGCUUUCUCCAACUGUUCACAGCAAAUGCUUGGAUUUUAUGCAGUAGGCAUUACUACAGUACAUGGCUAAUCUUCCCAAAAACUAGCUCAUUAAAAAUGAAAUAGACCAGCUCUCUUCAGUGAAGAGGACAAAUAGUUUAUUUAAAGCAUUUGUUCAAAUAAAAUUAAGAGGGGGAAACGCGGAUGCUAAAAUUACAUGACUAGAAAUCUUCCUGGCACUUAGUGUUUCUACGGUAUUGAAAAAUGAUGUUCCAGAAAGAUUACUUUUUUCUCUUAUUUUUAUUGCCAUUGUUAAUCUGUUGUGGGACAUUUUUAUAUAUUGAAUCUGGGUUCUUUUUUGACCUGCUUUUUUUCUCCCAACUCAACUGCAUCCUUUUUUUUUGAAAGUGAAAAUUAAAAAAUCAAUCCUGCAUGUAAUAUAUCUGCUGUCAUCUUAGUUGGACCAACUUUAUUUAUCUUAAAACUAUUCAGUUAAUCUUAAUUUCAUCCAAAGAAGAUACAGUCUGAAGAUAGAGGAGUACUCUCUACAAUUAAAUUUACUGUACAGUUAGAAAGCAAAGUGUUAAAUGGAGAAGAUAUUUGUUUCUAUUAAACAUUUUGAGAUUUAGAUAAACUACAUUUUAACUGAAUGUCUAAAGUGAUUAUCCCUCCCCCCUCUCCCCACAUUAGUCUUACAUCUUUUUUGGGUUUGAAUGAAGGUUUUACAUAAGAAAUUAUUAAAAACAAGGGGUGGGUGGGUAAUAAAUGUAUAUAACAUUAAAUAAUGUAACGUAGGUAUAGAUUCCCAAAUGCAUUUGGAUGUACAGAUUGACUACAGAGUGCUUUUUUCUGAUGAUGAUUGGUGUAGAAAUGUGUGAAUUUGGGUGGCUUUUUACAUCUUGCCUACCACUGCAUGAAACAUUGGGGUUUCUUCAAAAUGUGUGUCAUAUUUCUUUUGGGAGGGGGGAUUGUUUUCUGUUUCUUCUCUGGGACUCCCACAGGAGCUAAAUUUGUAAUUUAGAAACAUUUAAUUUUGUUAAUCCUGUCUGGGGCACUUAAAUAACAUCUAAAGCAUUACUGCUUUAGAAUGUUAAAAUAAAAUUUCCUGACCAAAUUGUUUUGUGAAUAUAGAUGUGUUUGCAAUUUAAAGAUAUCUUUUUAAAAAGGCAAUAUUACUGAAUGCAAUUUUUAAAAAUAUACUUAUAAACUAUACUUUUCUAAUACAGGGAACGCCCACUUUCAAAUCCCCAAACUUGCUUACAUCUAGAUUGUCCAGUACAGUCACCAAGUGAAUGACAAGUCCUUUGAAUGAAAUUGUGGCACAAAAUCUGUUCAGGUUGGUGUACCAUGUAAAGUGGGAAUGGGGUGAAAGUGGUUAGCUAAUUACUGGAUAAGCAAAUAAAGGUUGCAGUUUUCUA